UAACUAGUAAGAGUGAGGAUGAUCAGCAUGAGUGGCAGCAGUACCCGGCAACAUGGCGGGUGUAGCAAGACUCAGGCUACUACAACUAAGUACAGUUCUGCGUCCAUCAUUACUAGCUGCACAUAAUGUCAGGUGUCAUGGAGCUGCUUCAGCUGUUACUGCUCGUGUUAAGAGGCACAUGUGCUCUGCUCCAGCAUACAAACACAUCUUGAUCGAGAAAAAAGGAGAGGUUGGUAAUGUUGGCUUAAUUACACUGAAUCGACCAAAAGCCUUAAAUGCUCUAUGUGAUGCACUCAUGCAGGAAGUUCAACAGGCACUGGAAGACUUUGACUCAGAUCCCAGUAUUGGUGCUAUUGUUCUUACUGGCAGUGAAAAAGCCUUUGCUGCAGGUGCUGAUAUUAAGGACAUGCAAAACAAAGGAUUUAUAGACUGCUUUGGUGGGAACUUUCUCAGUACUAGUUGGGAUAGUGUGAGCAAAGUGAAGAAACCAACAAUAGCUGCUGUGAAUGGUUAUGCCCUUGGUGGAGGCUGUGAAGUAGCCAUGAUGUGUGAUAUUAUCUUGGCUGGGGAGAAAGCCAAAUUUGGUCAACCAGAAAUUAUAAUUGGAACAAUUCCUGGGGCAGGUGGUACUCAACGCCUUGUUAAAGCAAUCGGCAAGUCUCGGGCUAUGCAGAUGUGCCUGACAGGAGAUAUGAUAACAGCACAACAAGCAAAUGCAUGGGGACUGGUAAGUUCCGUGCACCCACCAGACCAACUCCUAGAUGAAGCUAUCAGACUUGGAGAAAAGAUUUCUCAACACUCUAAAGUGAUUGUAGCCAUGUGCAAGGAAUCAGUAAACAAUUCUUUUGAGCUACCCCUUAGUGAAGGACUCCACUUUGAGAAGAGAUUAUUCCAUUGUACCUUUGCCACUAAGGACCGCAGGGAAGGCAUGACAGCAUUUGUUGAGAAAAGGAAACCCAAUUUCACCGACAGCUAAGAUUCAUGAUUACAAGUGAACCAUUCUAACUUUUCACUAUUUAAAGAGAACAGGAAGGAGAAAUGCAUUCAACAACCCUAGAGUGGUGGUGUGUAUUGCGCAGCAAUAUUGUAUAUAUAGAUUAGGUAUCAAAUUGGAGUAUAAUGAAUAGUUAGAGGAUUAAUAUUUGAAUUUAUUUCUUAAUACUUUAAUUCAAAUUUUUAUCAGGUAUAUAGUGAUUUAUAUACAUAAUAAAAUAUUACUCAUUGA